ACGAAAGGAACGCCCACACCUGAGCGAACCUUGCCGGGGGUACUGGAUUACACUGUUACCUUCCACUGGGUGCCUCAGUUUCUUCGCACUUUCCACAGACUUGCAGUAGUGGAGUGGGCACUGUAUUUGUGCGAGUAUGUGGUAUGGAAGAACAGCUGUGGUAGCGCUAAGCCACCCGGAGUGUAGCCUAGGGUUUAGCACUAGAUGAUUGUCACUGUUGAAAGUGACACUCCGACUCUAUGUCUGAAAAUGGAAAAGGGGUUGUGGAUUGAAGGAUACUGCACUAUACGCCAACAAUAAAAAUUCUCUUUACCUUUCCUAAAGUUGUCGAGCGCGGCGUCAAAGCAAUCUACGGGAGCACACCUUUCUCUCAGCGGUUGCGCGCUAUUGGCUGGUGCUAGCCGUGGAAGGCAGAUGUGGAGAUCACGUGAGUUUUCAUCUCGCUGUUUGUGUUGCGGGGAAGAAGCAAAAAAGAAAGAAGUUUUUAGAGUUUAGUUUUAGCACAGUUUUGUAACGCAGUGUUUCCUUGCUAAGGCAACAUGUAGUUAAUUACACACGGAUAUCAGUGAGUUUACGUUUGGGAUGCAUUACGAGGACAAUACAAACAGACUGUUUUCUUAAUUACCUCCGAAUCCCAUCAAGCUUACUUGAUUUUAAUUUGAACCGGCAAAUAAACCCGGAAGUUUGCUGCUCGGCAAUGGAUGUCCCGCAACUUACCGAAGAUGACAUGGCUGAAGUAAAAAAGGAAGCUUUAGAAAGAUUGAGACGGUAUUUGUGUGACAAAAUUAUAGCUGACAGACAUUUUGAUUUUCUGCGUGCAAAGAAGGUACUCACUAAAGAGGACACAGAAGAAAUCAAUGCACAGAAUACCCACAGAAAGAAAGCAGGGAAGCUUUUGGAUCUUUUGGCAGAAAAUCCCAAAGGACUAGAUAACCUUCUUCUUUCUAUACGAGUUGAGAAAACCCAGCUUUUUCUCAUAGACAGAAUAACAGACGAAGUGCAAAAGUGCAAGAAUGAAAAAGUGGAAGCUCUAAAAGCAUCUUGCUACAGUGCUUGUGUGCCAGAAGUCUGUAAAGGAACAAAUAAUCUAUCCAGAAUGUUUUCUGAGGAUUCAAGCUUGUAUGAGAAGGGCAAGGAAUCCACUCUGUUGUAUCACCCAGAAGGAGAAUACAGUCCAGCAUCUUCAGCUUCCUCUUCACUUUAUUCACUGAACGUACCAGGUGAUGGCACCUUUCAGAAAGAAACUUCAUCAUGUCCUUCAAAUGUGACAUCCACUACCACAACUCUGCCAAGGCCCGGAGAUCCAGGGGCUCCUCCUCUCCCAGCAGAAUUGCAGUCUGAACCAGAGGGAGCAUGUGGUAGUCCCAGUGACUCUCAGUUCCUGCCACUAAGGUCACGGUCAUCGUAACCAUUGUUGCAGGUUUCCCUGUGAUGAUUAUUACUAAUGGUCCUGCAUUGUAGAUAAGUAAUAAAACUGGGACACUUGUGGAGCUGCUACAACACUGUAUAGGUUAAACAUUUAAAUUCCAGUCUAUACCGGGUCUCACUGUGAUGUUUCGGUGCAAAGAACUGCAUUCCCUCAUAAGGGCAGUAAACUUAAUCAUGUAAUACUGUCUUGGUCUUUUUAUUAGUUGGAUGACCUGCUGCAGUGUUUUAAAUGCUAAUAAAGUAAUUAAUACCUUUA